AUGUCGCAUGUGUGCGUGGGUGUCUCAUUUGCGUGUUCACUGCAUGCGCAUUUUGACCGUAAGCAAAGGGUAAAUUCGCGUCGCGGGCUGGGACAGGCUACUGGCCAGGGAGCUUUAGGCUUGGCGCCGAAACACCACGACGCUCAGAAAAGGAAGAGAAGUUCCAGCGCCAGCGCUGGAGGGGGCGAUGGCGGCAAGCGAGCGAAGAAGAAGGGCGAUAAGCCCAAAAGCAAGAAGGCCAGCACCCAGAAGAGAAAGGCAAGAAAAAAGGCCGACAAGAAGCCCAAGAAGAGCAAAGCAAAGAAAAAGAGCGGCAAGAAGGGUAACAAGCGGUCGAGCAGCAGCAGCAGCAGCAGUGGUUCGACCAGUCCGGGCAACUCUAAGAGGGAGGGGGGCAAGUAUCAUUCUCAAGAUCAGCUUGUGUCGAUUGCCAGAACAUGCGCGCGAUAUCCAGGCCGCAGCCCUGGCUUUCCAGCACCCUGCGCAGCAGUACUGGCAACUUGGUGUCGACAUAUGGGUCUUCCAAUCUAG